GGAACUGGCGGUUAUCUUCUUGUCCAAGUCUAUUUGGAAGUGUUGUGUCAUUGGCGAGCUUAUAAUGUUUUAUCAAGUCUCAUAUUGUAAUCAAUGCGAGAUUCUAAUAGGAUAUGCGCUCGAUUUUCAGGUAAUGAAGUUGCUACGUAGUACAGUUAAAGUGAGAGCCAAGAACUUGGAUGGUAAGACGGCAAUGGACAUACUCCAAACUCACAAGUCUUCUAUUUUCCCCAAAGCAAUUAGGCGUCUCCGCAGUGCUAAAGAAAGACUACUUUUUGGUCCCUCGAUGACUCUUGCGGGAUAUUUAAGCAGAAAACCAUCGGACACUGAGGAGCUAAACAAGCUCUUAGGGCUGAACAAUCUGAGAAAGAGCAGACACGGGUCUCGAGAAUCAAGCGAUUUCCGUAAUGCAAUCCUAGUGGUGGCUGUACUGAUAGUAACAGCCACAUACCAGGCCGGUCUUAGUCCUCCUGGCGGUUAUUGGCAAGAUGAUUACGCACCAGAUUCCGAUAAUGGUCACACAGCUGGGCAGAUGACAAUGUCUUUCAACCUUGCCUUGUUUUUUUACAUCUUCAACGGAUUUGCCUUCUUCUCAUCUCUAUAUGUGAUUAUAAUCCUCAUAAUUGGACUUCCCAUGUGGAUGGUCCUAUACAGUUCAAUAGCGGCUCUCGGAAUGGCUAAUUAUGCCUCCUUCAGCAAUACAUUUCCGACUUCAAAUGGGUCAUUCCAGGAGUUUGCAGUGUCCCUCGUCCCCUUCGUAUACCCAGUGAUUACAGGACUUUUAUUAUGUCCUCCUUUCUUUAAAUUUGUUUUUGACAAACGUCGCCAACAACAAGUGGACUUUCCGGCAAGGUACUUCAGCUCAGUUCAGAAGCUAUAGUGCUAUAGCCUGAAGCGCUGAGAUGUGUGUGAACGGUAUUAUCUGGAAUCACAUUUCAAAUGUGCAUCUCUGGAUUUGUUUUCCAUUUUAUGUAGUAUUUGAAGUACUCUUUGUUUGGUUGUAUUUUGAAUUACGUGUUCCACUCUUGCAUGUUCACCUUUUUACUGUGAUGCUAGUUUUAUAUUAUGUUACUUUGUUUCAGUUGGAAACCCAAUUCCACCAAACUGAAGGGGGAACACUGUUUCAAAAAAAAAAAAAAAGUUGGUGCAGCAAAACAUGAUCAAAUCUAUCCUACGCCCAAACAAAACAAAAUUACAUUACAAAUUAUCAAAAUGUCAAACAUUUAAAACCUAAGUGUCACAUCACUCGUUUUCAACAGGCCAAACAUUAAAGUAACAUAUCCAAAAAGCUCUUGUAAAACUUACCGUCAGAUAACAUAUAUAUCAGCUACGGUGGAUGCAUAGGCACAGAAACAGUUCCUUGGCAUUUCCUAUGAUUAGUUCAGCUGAGACAGCAAUUUCACUACCACAACAGACACACCCUUUUUUACUUUUUUACCUAAUAUAUGAAACCGAUGAAAGAGUCAAUAUAAAAAAAGCAAAAGACACCUUAGUAACCUUAAUUAGCAGCCAUCAAUUUGUUUACCGUUUUAAUGGCAUCCUCAACUCUUUCAGCCUUAAUACAUGCAUGAAUCAAUUAUGUGUACGUUCAGCAUCUGGUUUCGUACCUUGUUUUUUUCAACAAUUCAUCAAACACACUAUCAUCCUCGGAUAACCUCCCACAUAGUUUAGCUUUGCCUUAAUCUUUGCCAAGAUGUUGACUGCAUCGCUAAACUGCCCAACCUCGAGAUAGAAGUGGUAAUUGUCAAGCAUAUAUAGUUUUCUUGCCGUACACAUUCAAAAUAAGGAUUGCCCACAGGUCCGUUUGCUGUGAAGCAAGAGGUCCUGUGUAGCGUCUGGUACACGUCUUGAAGUUGUCCCGGAGCAAAUACGCCCUUGUUACCAGAAGCCACGAAUGAGAUUCAUGUACAUGGCUGGCUGUUGGAAAUUGUGUAACUCAUCCUUUCCUCUCAACAAAAAUUAUAAAGCCUGGUCCAAUUCCGAAUAGAGGUGGUUGUAGAGAGGAGAGGCUAAAGCCUCGGCUGCUUGACAUGGCCGGCGAAGAAAUUAGUUGCCUAACAUACCUUUGUGUAUUAGUAAUUAAUUAGCACAAUAUUUUUGUACUAGGAUUACGAAAACCCUUUAAAACUCUGAAGUCUAAACUCGUUCGACUGAAAAGCUUCCAAAACCGGUUCUAUAACACAGCGACGUCGUUAUGUAAGUUUGACUGAAAAGUCCUUUUAUCGAUUGACCACUCUGGUACAGUAAAUCCAGAAUCAUUCUUUUGUAACCGAUGAUAGAAGAGUUUCUUAUAACAUGUGUCAGCAACAUGCGUGUUUUUUUUUUUUUCUUUUCUUCCUCUCUUCUUCUCUCAUCUUCUCUCGUUCUCGUGUUCUCCGUCGAAGGGAACCGGAGCAUCCGUUCAAUCGGCGUUUUCACUCGUCUUCUCCUUUCUGUCGCGAAGCGUCUCCUUCCUUCAAUCGCCGUCAUGUCCGUCUUUCUCUUCUCUGUUUUUUUCCGUCGGUAAAAGAAGUGUCUCCUCCCUUCAUUCACCGCUCGUCCAAUCGCUGCGACCCCAUAUCCUCUCUUUUCUGACCGUGGGAGCAUUGAGAGAUUCAUCACAGAGUGGAGCAGUGGGAGCAUCUCGUGCUUGUUGUUUCACAGAGUGGAGCAGCGGGAACGUGGUGGGAGGGAGUUAUCUUCUUACAUAGGUUUUAUUACAGUUAGAUCCGUUUCUCAAUGAACUCACGAGCAUGUUUGAGAAAAGUAAAGACAAGGGGAAUCUAUAGAGUACAAGGCUGCAAGAAGAGGAAACUGAGCUCGACUGGGGAAUCUAUAGAGUACAGAUGCCUUAUACGAGCAACUGAUGCUAAGAAAACGAUCUCUACUUCGGUACAUGUUCUACUCAUUGAUCUCAAGAUUGCAUUACUCUAGAACCUUUGAUCUUUCUAAACGUUUAACUAUGCCGUGAGUAAGAAUUUAAGUUUAAUAAAAAAAAAUGUUUAAUAAUUUUUUUUUUAAAACCCUUAAUUAAGAACC